AGGGGAGAUUAUUUUUAAAUUUUGCGCCUGCUUAAAAAUCAUUUAAUGUAAAAAAGUAAACAUAUUUCGUGCCAGAACAGUAGUUCGUACGAACAGAAGUUUCUGCCCUUAUAAACAAGAUAUUCCAUGUAAAGUUUUUUUAAAUUAAAUAUGUUUUCAGUACAUUUUUCGCUUUUAAAAAGAGGAGCUAACCUCCUUCAAAAUAAUUGCCGAAAGUGUUCAUCCUUUCGCCGUGGAGUUAACUUCCUAUUUAAGAAGAAUUUAUUAAUAACCAAUAGUAUGACUUCUGGAGGGUUUAUGGCUAUUGGUGACCUAAUCCAACAAGAAUUUGAAUAUCAAUCUCGAGUGCAAUUAAAAAGAUAUGACUGGGGUCGCUUGGCUAGAAUGUUUAUUGUUGGAUCGCUAAUGGGACCUAUGCAUCAUUAUUAUUAUAUUUAUUUAGAUAAGGUUCUUCCAAAAGUCAAUGUUAAAACAGUUCUCAAAAAGAUUUUAUGUGAUCAGUUGUUGGCAUCACCAGCUACUAUACUAUGCUUUUUCUAUGGAAUGGGAAUUUUAGAAUCAAAAUCCUUUAAACAAAGUACAUAUGAAAUAAUAGAUAAGUUCAAAUAUGUCUAUGCAGGUGACUGUUUAUAUUGGCCGCCAGUUCAAUUUGUCAAUUUCUAUUACUUGCCAACUGAAUACAGAGUUUUCUACAUAAACUUUGCCACAAUGAUUUUCAAUAUAUUUUUAUCAUACAUGAAACAUUUUGACCAACAUUGACACAUUAUUAUUUAUAUAUAUUAUUUUAUCAUGUAAGUAGGUAUGUGUAAUGAUUUUCCUUAUAAUGGAGUAUGUUAUUUAUUUAAAUGCAAACAAGUUACUUAUAAUAAUUUGAUUGCAUAUUACAUGUUGUAAUUAUUAUAAUAAAAGUUCGACUAUUAAUAUUUGUAACUAUAACAUAUAUUAAUAUUUGUCAAUUAUAUUUUUAAACAAGAAAAUAAAAAAAAUAUUCACAGUGAAUGAACUCUGAAGUGAAACCAUAUUCAGUAAUUAAGAAAACAAACUAAUUAAUGAUUAUUAUAAUGUACAUAUGUAUAUAAUAAUAAUAAUUUAUUUGCUACAUGAGUUGGUACUACCAACUUGAUACACAACUUAUUUGUUUCUUUUUAAAUUGUUUGGAUAUUUAGUAAAUUAAUUAUUUAAGAUGUUUUCUCAGUAAAAUAAUCAUUAUAGUAACUGUAAUAAUUAAUAUGAUAUUAUGGAAUGUACAGUAAAUAUUAAUUUAUUUUGUAUUGUAUAUAUAUGGUAGGGAUAUUGUAAAUGGACUUGUUACAUAUCUAGAAUAAAUAAUUUUAGAAUAUAUGUAUGUGAUUUUCUGAAUAAAGAG